AUGUCGAACCUCAACUCCUGGGAAGAUGAUCCGUCGGCUCAGGACGAGAACCUCUCUCGCCAGGCUCAGCAGCAGCUUAACAUGAACGCGGGCAACCAACAGCAGCAGCAGGGCGGAUUCCGCCCAGCCAUCGCUUCGUUCCAGCCCGGCGCCACGAGUUUCCAACCCGGUGCUCAGAGCUUUACUCCUGGACAGCAAUACGGGGGAGGAUAUGGCCAGCAGUAUCAGCAGCAGCAGCAGUACUACCAGCAAGGAUACUACCCUCAGUACGGUCAGGGUCAGGGAGGACAGCAAUUCAACCAGUACAACCAGCAGCAGGGCUAUGGCGGCAACUUCAGCCAAGGAUACAACCAAGGACAAGGAUACCCCCAAUACGGUCAGCAGCAGGCGCAACAGGCCAAGCCUCAAGCUCCCAAAGCCCCGGCCGCUCAGGCAGCUCCUUCAGCAUCCACCGCUCCGAAGCCUGUCGCCACCAAGCAAGGCGGCGCCAAGGUUCUCAGCAUCGGUGGUGAACCCGCGGCCAAGCCCAAGGUCGCCAAGGUGCUCUCCAUCGGCGGAUCAGCUACCCCGCCCAAAUCUGAGGAGAAGGCUGAGAUCAGGACCGAUACGAAGCCGGAGCCUACCGACAAGCCCGAAGCAGGACAGAAGACGACAGCCGCCAAGGCGAUCGAGAAGACGGGCGAGAAGACGACUGCCCCCAGCGGACGUACCUCGCCCACUCCUUCGUCCGGUCGCGCCAGCCCGUCUGGGGCUGAGAAGAAGCCCCAGCGCGAGGCCGACGCUGUUGCAAAGGAACAAGCCGCCGACGUCGACGAUGAGACGCUCAAGGAAAUUUACGGCAAGGAGCACGUCAACGUCAUCUUUAUUGGCCACGUUGAUGCCGGUAAAUCUACUCUCGGUGGUUCAAUCCUCUACGCCACUGGCAUGGUGGAUGAGCGUACCAUGGACAAGUACAAGAAGGAAGCCAAGGACCUCGGUCGUGAGACUUGGUAUCUGUCAUGGGUCAUGGACCUGACCAAGGAAGAACGUUCAAAGGGCAAGACUGUCGAGGUUGGCCGCGGUUUCUUCGAGACGGAGAAGCGCAGAUACAGCAUUCUUGACGCCCCUGGCCACAAGACCUAUGUCCCCAACAUGAUUGGCGGUGCCUCCCAGGCUGAUGUUGGCAUUCUGGUCAUCUCGGCCAGAAAGGGCGAAUAUGAGACUGGUUUCGAGCGUGGUGGUCAGACUCGCGAGCACGCCAUGUUGGCCAAGACACAAGGUGUCAACAAGCUGAUUGUCGUCAUCAACAAGAUGGAUGACCCUACCGUCGAGUGGUCGCACGAGCGCUACCUGGAAUGCACAACCAAGCUUGCGCAGUUCCUCAAGGGAACAGGCUACAACCUGAAGAACGAUGUCUUUUUCAUGCCUGUCGCUGCGCAAACCAGCCAGAACAUCAAGGACCGCCUGCCCAAGGGCAAGGCUCCGUGGUACGACGGUCCAUCACUGCUCGAGUACCUCGACAGCAUGACUGCGCUGGAGCGUAAAAUCAACGCUCCCUUCAUGAUGCCCGUCAACGCCAAGUACAAGGAUCUUGGCACUAUGAUUGACGGCAAGAUUGAGGCUGGUGUUAUCAAGAAGGGCAUGAGCCUUGUCAUGAUGCCUCGCAAGCAGAACGUGGAACUCUCUGCGCUUUACGGAGAGCAGGAAGAGGAAGUUCCCGUGCUCCAGUGCGGUGACCAAGUUCGCCUGCGUCUCAAGGGCAUCGAGGAGGAGGAAAUUCUGCCCGGCUUCGUGCUGUGCUCGCCAAAGCGUCUUGUGCACUGCGUGUCCGAGUUUGAGGCGCAGAUCAGAAUCCUGGACCUCAAGAGUAUCCUGACGUCUGGGUUCAACUGCGUCCUGCACGUGCACUCGGCGAUUGAAGAGGUUACGUUUUCGGCUCUGCUUCACAAAUUGCAGAAGGGAACGAACCGCAAGAGCAAGCUCCCUCCGACGCACGCGAAGAAGGGUGACAGCAUCAUUGCUCGUAUGCAGGUGAUUGGAGGAGCUGGCGCCGUAUGCGUGGAGAGGUUUGAAGACUACGCGCAGAUGGGUCGUUUCACGCUCCGUGACCAGGGUCAAACCAUCGCCAUUGGCAAGAUUACGAAGCUGAUUCUGGAUGAGUAA